GAUUUAAAAGCAAUGCAGCAAACUGAAUCAGUUAAAGAGUUUGGCGGUUACUUAAAGCGCUACAUUCAUUAUUCACAAACUUGCCAUUGUGAAAUGACCUUCUCUGUUUACCUACCACCGCAAGCUGAAGCGACAAAAGUGCCCGCACUGUAUUGGCUGUCAGGCCUUACGUGUACAGACGAUAAUGCGCGAGUGAAAGCAGGUGCGCAACGUUAUGCGGCUGAACAUGGAAUUGCCAUUGUAUUUCCUGAUACUAGUCCGCGCGGUGAUGAUAUUGCCGAUGAGCCAGAGCACUAUGAUAUGGGGCAAGGUGCUGGAUUUGAAGCCGGUGCGAAAGUUACUGAUAUUUUGAUUGAUCAGGGAACAGCAGAUGAGUUUUACGAUGAGCAGCAACUAUUACCAGAAAACUUUCAAAAAGCCUGUAAUGAAGCAGGGCAAAAAGUAACAAUACGAAUGCAAGAAGGUUAUGAUCAUAGUUAUCACUUUAUUGCGAGUU